CACUUUUUGUGAACCGGUGGUGUUGAAGAAGCUGAAUGAAUGGAACAGUUAGGGUGCAUAGGAAGUUUGCAUUUCAGGCUCUCUGCUUACCACAAGACACAAGUGACGCUGAGUCUCUGAAGUGACCUGGAAUCAUUGGAGCUCUGUGUCCUGAGGGACUCUGAGGACCUCUGAAGCAGCCAGGGUGCAAUGAUGGAUAACCGUUUUGCUACAGCGCUAGUAAUUGCCUGCGUUCUCAGCCUCAUCUCCACCAUCUAUAUGGCAGCUUCCAUUGGCACUGACUUUUGGUACGAAUACCACACCCUGUCCCCAGCUGAGAAUGUUAGUGAAGCUGGUAGGAGCAUCUGGGAAGAGUUUGUCAGCGAAGAGGCAGAUGAGAAGACCUACACAGAUGCGCUUUUCCGGUGCAACGGCACGGUUGGAUUGUGGCGGAGGUGUAUCACUGUACCCAAAAACUCUCACUGGUACAGCCCACCAGAAACCGAUAUGACUACAAACUGCAUCAGUUUUUCUCUCUCUGAUCAGUUUAUGGAAAAGUACAUAGAGCCUGGAAAUCACAAUAGCGGCACAGAUUUGAAUCGAACUUAUCUCUGGCGAUUGCAGUUUCUUCUGCCCUUUGUCAGCCUGGGCCUCAUGUGCUUUGGGGCUCUGAUUGGGCUCUGUGCUUGUGCCUGCCGCAGCCUUUACCCUGCCAUUGCCACUGGAGUCCUUCAUUUCCUAGCAGGACUUUGUACGCUGGGCCUGGUUGGCUGCUAUGUAGCUGGGAUUGAGCUGCUCCAUAAGAAGCUGCCCCUGCCUGAUGAUGUGAGGGGUGAAUUUGGCUGGUCCUUCUGCCUAGCCUGUGUCUCGGCACCUUUGCAGUUUAUGGCAGCUGCUCUUUUCAUCUGGGCAGCUCGUACCAACAGAAAGGAAUUUACUCUCUUAAAAGCGUACCGUGUAGCAUAAGUGCUGCUACUAAAGUAUUGGGUUUCCAUGUCAUAGCCUCUUCUCCCCCCAACCCUUACUACUUUUUUCUUUUAGUCAGAAUUUUACUUUGUACUGCAUGCUUCUUGCUAGUUGAGACAAUUUAGCUUGCAGGCCCUGAAGACAAAGACCUCUGGGCUAAAUGACCAAACUCUGCCAGAAGUCUGCAGAACUUGAACGGGUUUUUAAUUUUUUUUAAGGUUUAUUAUUAUCUUUUUUUAAGCUUCAUUUGGUUGUUGAAUAUCCCCUUAGUUAGGUGUACAUGCCCCUUCUUAAUUUUAUUACCCUGUCAGCCUGGAGGAAAUAGGAGUGGUGUUGUGGACGAGAGAUAGGAAAAGAAAAGAUGCAGGUAGGCAAGAAUGGGGACCUCAGUGCACAAACAAUAAAUAAUCAGGAGCUGUCUGCUGUGUGACUCAAGCAGGCAGUACCUACAGAGAGCACCCAAGAGAGAUGGGGGAACUCAAACCUCUGUUACGGAAAUACUGUAGCUAAAUCAGUCCUGCAGCUUUGCUUUGGGUCUCUUACUCUCACUAGUUUGCUACUUGUUGUGGCUUCUGCCAGAACUGAUGCAGGCAGAGCAGCCGGCUGUGGGAGUGCCUGCCUAGCACACUGUCCUAAAGUAGACUCUGUGCUCAUGUUCACCAAGGAAUGGGAGAAGUUGGCCUACGUGGAGCCUUGUGCUGCUCUAGCUACACUGCUUCCAGGACCCAGGCUAGUUUGGCAUCUGCACUGCAUGUGGUUGUGCACUCUAAUCUUAACGUGUGGUGUUUUUGCUUGCUGUGAAAUAAGGCUUUCCUCUCUCUCGUGUUGAAAAAGACCCUUCACGAGUUUUUGGGGUUUUUUGGUUUUAACUUGGUUUAGUGUAUGUGUGUAUAUGUACAUAUAUAAACUUAACUUUUUUAAAGCUCACCUAUUUAUCCUAUGUAGCACACAACAGGGUUUUUUUUUUUUUAAAAGGUGCUGCUCUCUUCCCAUCUUGCCCCAAACCUAUUGUUUAAAUGAAAUAAUAAAAAAAAGCUCAGAAGUUUUCAGCGUGGCAUGAAUCUAAUGGGAGGGUGAGGGAAUGGUCUGAAGUGAAUUUUACUUGAGGAAAGAAAAGCCUAUGUCUACAUUGUUCUGUUUUCAGGGAAAUAUCACCAGAAACAAAGAUGUUUGGUUAGAUUUUUUUUUUUAAUCAAAUUCUUGGGCUCCUGUGAACUUCAAAUUUUUUCCUGCUCAUCAUUGGAGGGUGCAGCACCUCAUAACUUCUAAUUAGUUCACAGCUUCUGAGUGUAUUUCUUUUAAAUCACUGCAACUCUAGCCAGACCAGGUGGCAUGUCUUACCUAGAAAAACAAUAUUCCAGUUGUUUAGUUCUGAGGCCUUAACUCCCCUUGUUUCCUUACUCCAUGCUCAAUAGAAGAAAUAUGGCUUAGAAGAAAUAAAUCCUGAAAAAAAUUAGGAAGUCUGUGAUGGCAAGGGUUCUGUGAAAUACUAUUGAUGAGAAUGACACAGAAAUAAGCUUUUUUCUUAGAGCUGUUUUUUUAUUUCAUUUUGUGCUUUUUUUUUUUUUUUUUUGGUGGUGCUUCUACUGAUGUUCUCUUUGCUGGGUCAGCAAACAGCCCUAAUCAAAAGUUCCCUGAAGAUCAAGGAUAUCUGCUAGUAUUGUGUCUUUGUUUUUUAUCAUGUGUGUGAUGGGGAUCAACCUACUUCUUUUAUUAUCAUCAUUGGAGUCUUUACAAAAUUAAACCAGGACAAUGAUUAAAACCAAGAUCACUGAAAAAGCAGCAGCAGGCUGUUCAAGAUAAUCCUCUUUCUCUUGCUGUUGAGUAAUUUAAUUUUUCAACUUUCCUCCUAAAGUAGCUUCUUUCCCUCUCUACAAUGUCUGGGCCAAUUCUAACCCUGUGAGAGAGGAUGUGGUACUUUUGUGCACUAUCUGAGAAUAAAGAAAAUCUGUGAUGCUGAUAUGUACUGAUACAGUGCUUUUUCAGAGUCAUUAGUUAUCUCUGACUUAGGUAGAUAAGGCCUAACUGCUCAGCUUGUCGUCUUCCUCAUUUGUCAGAAUUACUAGGGCAUGCAAGCCUCAGGUCAGGUCAGGAGGACUGGAAGGUGAUAUUCUGCACUUUGAGAGGAAACGCAUGUUAUUUUAUCUAGUACAGUUUGGGGUUUUUUUUCUUUUUUUUUCAGGAGCUGGCAGAGUAAUCGUAUCUUGUGAUUUUAAUCUGAGCAAUGGGAAUCCUGUGUGCUUGCUCUCUCCUCUUGUAUCAGACAUCUAUUCUGAAGUAUAAAUCUCAGUUUUCAAAUGUUAACAUUCUUGCUUCCAAAAAGAGGAUUGUUAUAGAGAGAAAAGGGAAUGUUAGAGGUGCUGUCAGUCCUUUCUUGAUCAUUUUAAGUAUCAGCAAAACCAAGAUCGCCUGCUUUUGUCUGUGUCUCAGAAAAACGCUGCUGGAUUUCUCUGCCCUGAAAUCAAGAAAACGGCCUUUUAAUUGAUCCUUGAUUUGGACCAUUUAACUAUAAUGAGGGUCACCUUUCAGGGUUGGGGUUUUUUUUCCUUAACUCCUGUGCAAAGAUUUCUUCACUAGAAUGGGUUUCAGUGAGAAGCAGAUUUCAUACAGAAAGAUGACUACCCCUCUCUGUCUGGGGUGAUGAAUCUGCAUGUAGUUGUCUUGCUUUGUAACUGUGUGCUUUGCUCAAGGUGUAAAGGGAGCAAGAAGAGUUCUUGGAUUGCUGGCUUGGGUCCACUAAAUGGUGUUGGAGGAGGACAGAAAAAUAGAGUAGACACUGAGGAUGGAGUAAUUCUAUAAAAGAGAGAUGUUUAAGCACACUUAACAGGUACUGACACACAUCUUGACCCAGAGUGUGUGGUACAGGCCCUUCACACCGGCAGUUCCUCGUGCCACAUUCAGAGGUUGGCUGCGUUCAAGAGAAGCUUGAGCCCUGUGUGCAUGUUUGUGAUCACAUAUGUAUAUGCAAAUACAGACACCAUUGCUCAAAAAAUCUAAGAGUGUUCCAACUCUGGAAGAAAGUGGUGAGAUCAAAGGCUGAUUUGUGUUCCUCACUAUUUUGUGGUCUGACCACGGGAGAUGUUUCUUGAUACCAGUUCAGUGUUGGAGAUAGGGAUGAGGGGGGAUGAGGCAGAUACACACAGUGAGAUGAAAAGAAGGGAUGUCCUUGUGUGUCUGUGUGCACAGGGGAAAUGGCACGCACCUCUAACACUGUUACAUGGGCCAGUGCAAGUGAAGGCAAGGUACAUCAAAGGAAGAGGAGAAACCAAAGAGGAGGAGGACAAAUCCCAUCAAACUGAGCGUGAGAACCGAGGAUGCUUGAGACUGCAUGGACACAAGCACACAGGACUGUGGCAUGAACUCCCAAUGUGGUACUGUGUAGUCAGCACAGCAAAGGCCACCUGCUGCUCCUCCACCACCACUACCUUCCUGCCCACCUGUGGCACCGUCACAGUGGUGGCAUAAGUAAGUGGGUGAACUCUCUUGUGUUUAUGAGAAGCCUGUAAAGGUUCUGUCCCCUGAAUCCGAGGUGGGCAAGCUGCAUUUGUCCUUCAAACAUGCCCUUGUGAGAAUGUUUCUUCUUCACAGGCUUGGGCUCGUUUACCUGCCAACACUGUGGAACCACGAGGAAAGCAGGACUAGCAGAAAGCUGCACCAAGCAAUAAAGUGUUUAGUCUAGGUAGCAGCUUUUUCUGACUUUCUUUUUUUUUGCCUCAAAACGACAUUUUCCCUGUCCUCUCCCCUGGCUCCAAACAACUCUGAGAAGGGGCUGGUUAAUGUAGCUGCAAAGAGGCAUUUUAUUAUUGUGGCUUUAAAGACUGCUCCCACAGGUAUUGCAGGAAGGAUUCCUAAAACCAGGAGAAUAGUCAAUCCCAUUUCCUUACUUUAAAAAAAAGCAUUAUAGAGCAGACACAAAAAAUUGCUUUCUUGUGUAAAGGGAACAUUUUGCCACUUACGAAAGGAAUAACAUGUUGUGGGUGCAAGUGAUGAUAGCAUGGUCUCGUAUGGCCUAAGAGGCCCUUAUAAUCUGUUGUUGUAGCAGAAACUAGGUGUGGUGGUCUGGUUUUCCUUCUGGAUUGUGUGCUGGCCAGGUGGUUCUUUCCUCAUGGAAGGUCUGUUGCAGUCUUUUUGCUAUGGUGAUAAUAAAUGCCUCCUCUCCCCUCAUUUAAAAUGUUCUGAAGUGUAUUUUGAGAAAGGUGUUUGGUUUUUAUUUUUUUUCUGUUCUUUGUCACAUGGUUGGUGCCAAGUUAUGUACCAACUUGUGGUCUCUCAUGCAGUGCUGUCUUAGUUCUGUGAUUCAAGGCAAUGACUUCUGAAAAGCUCUUUCCUGCUCACUAGCAUUGUGUGUAUUCAGCCAGCACCUGCUAUUCAAAGAGAAAUUCUGAAAUGUCAGCAGCUUGUCAUCAUUCUAUCUUGGGCUGACUGCCCACCUCUAUCUGUGUGUAUUUUCUACUUGAGUAGAUCGCGUAUCUCAACAGAGAGAGGAUGACAUCUUGAAGCUGCUUUUUUUUUUUUUUUUUUGGUCCCUCCCAUUUCCUCAGAAAUAGCUAGAGUCUUGUGCUAUAGAGCUUUUUUAUAACCUGGUUUCUAAUAGGAAAUGAUCAAAACUUUGCCUGUUUACUACUAACUCUUCUAUUGCUGUAGAAUAUGCCUUAUAUUUUUAAACUACAGCUUUCAGAACUACAGGGUGUAAAGUGAAGCCUUUGUUCAAUUAUGGUUCAGAUACAUGACAAUUGAAGAAUGGAUAGUCCAUAUCUGGAAGACUGUAUAGGUGACAGCCUAUACAGCUGUAUGCAAAAUUACAUUUAACAAGCACUUCUCUUGAAGUGAGCUAUAUCAGUAUAUAGCUGAUAUAGCCAAACCUUUAUACAAACCAAUGACUGCUGAAAAAAACCCUGACAGCAAUAAUGUAUACCAGCCCUGUCUCUUCUUUUCCCUUCUAAAAUUACUACUUUUAAAAAUAACCAUAGGGACAGUGUUUUAUUUAUUGAUCAGGUUAGAGCAUUGAGUGUCAGUUGUCUCUGUGCUUCCUGCUUUCUGUGUACAGACAAGGGUGAAGGAGAUGGUAAUUAAUUUUUGCAGCGGAUCCAAACAUCUUUCUAGAUUUGGCUUUUCUGAACUGAAGAUCGAAAAUUUUCGAGACAACUAGAACCUCUUGUUUAAUCAAAAUUAAUUAUUGCUUAAUCAAAACUGUCCUAAGAAAAAAGGUUAGUGGAUUUUUUAAUAGCCUUCUAUCUUUUUCCAUAUUUCUCAUGUCUUCCAUCUGCAUCUUUUGAAGUGUUUCUUACAUUAAAUGGUUUUAGAAUAUUAUCUUUUUUACCUUGAGGUUUGCAAAGAAGAUGAUCUGGUGUAUUUUGUAUCAGUAUCUGAGAUGAGGAGACCCUUGCAUACGUAACGUUUUAGUGGACCUAUCCAUUACACUUGUAACUUGGGCUAGCUUUCAAUACCAGGAAUGGAUAUUU